GAGCGGGUAGUUUAUUUUGUUUCGUUUCCGUAGCGUACAAGAAAACAAGAGAAGCGUUUUGUUGGUGUCACUUUGAGCCCAUUGUCGAUUACCGUGCGUUUGAAAGGAGACCGCUGGUCAAGAUGAGCAGUCCAGACCUGAGCAACAGGUCGACCGCUGUUGCUGACCUUUUCCAGGAUUUGUACAGGCAACUAGGGAAAUGCCACGAUGAUGCACUUCAAGAACUGCAGGAGAAAGUGUCAAAGCUGAAGAGGGAGAGAUCUUUAGAUGCACAGAAACUGGAAGUGUAUUACAAACGCAACCAGCAGCUGAAGGAGCAAAACAAAUCACUGCAGGAGGCUGUGAAUCUCCUGGACGACAGGCUUAAAACAAGUGACUGUGUUCGCUGUGGAAAGUUGGAGGAAAACUUGAAAAACAGCCAGGAAUUGAACGAGUCUAUCAUCAGGAAACUAAAGGCUGAAAUAAACAACCUGGAGUAUGAAAACCAGAAAUUACAUGCUAGAUUGCAGAAGUUAAAUGCCCCUAAAUUGCAGUCGGCCUCAUCCCCGGAUGCUGAAGACGGCAUUAUUCCAGACUCCCCCGUCCUGGCAAGCUCGCUGCCUGUUUCAAAUAAGCUAAAGAAACGAAAGAAUUCUAACAAACCAAAGCAUGUCCGCUAUUUAGAGAUUCCACUUUCUUCAUCCAGCGUGACAUUCUUCAGUGAUCUGAAGAAAGAGUCGGAUAAAGUGACCAAAGCUGAGGUUCUUGUGCCAAACACCUGUGAACUUGAAGCAUCACCAGUUUUCGGUACAAAUAUCUAUGAUGAAAACAUGGUGAUUGCAGAAACGUGUGCGCUGGAGCUUCACAGCAAACCUCGCACUAAACCUGACACAGCUCAACAGAAGAACACCAAGGCCGCUCAGAUGGCAGAUGUUCGGAUGAACAGCAUCACGUCUUUCUUUCCAUCCAAGCCGCACCACUCCUCCUCCUCCCUGAUCCACAGUCCACACUCGACCACGGCAAAGUCUCCCUCCCUGCUUACCAGCAUCAAGCGCGGACUGGAAAUCGACGCUAUAAGCAAAGCCAAACGGGUGAAAGAGGGAAGUGAAGAUGAAGUGGAGGGCAAAGAGGAGAGUGUCAUGUCGAAGAGAGUUAAAAAGUUGACCGAGACUGAAGCAGAUCAAAGAAGCAGCAAAGGUGUUGCUGAGCAAAGCUUCAAGGAAACAUCUGGCAGCAAGGAGAAGUCAGAACCCGGCAGAAACAUCAACCAAACAGUGAACAGCGGAAGUCCCGAGUUCAAGAAGCCCAACAGGACAGAUGCAGCUCACCGAAGAUCUGAUGCUCCAGGCGGUGACCAGAAACAUGACGUGGAGCCCAUGUGGAGCAUCGACCCUGCACUGGCACUGUCGAUGUACGAAAGUGAGCCGGAGAAGGAGGAAACGCAGGCCUGUAACGGAGAGUUGGAGGACAGUGACUGCACCUGGAUCAGCCACAGUGUUCUCCAGGAGCAUAGUGAGCACGAUCAAGACCAUGCGGCUGAGCCUGGGAUCGGAGAGAAGGCCAAUGACAGUUUGGAGCGAAUGUUUGACACCAGUGAGUGUGGCGAAUACAGAUCCUAUAACUGUUCAGAGUUGGGUCAGAACCACAGAGACGGUGAUGAUGAUGAUGAGAAGGAUGAAGAUCAUGGGUCUCCUGAAAGCUCUCCAAGCUUUAUGAGAAGACGGAAAGAUGGGCAAGCGACAUUCGCGCACGUGGCUGUGGUCCGCAAGAAAGAGGAAAGAAGAAAACUGAAGGGCACCACGUGCAAGGAGUGUGAGAUCUACUACGCUCACUUGCCUGAGGAAGAGAAGCAGAAGAAGUUAGGCGCUUGUUCGAGACAUCGAUUUCAGUACUUACCUCCUGCAACUCCUGAAAACUUUUGGGAAGUUGGAUUUCCGUCUACUCAAACAUGCAUCGAUCGAGGUUACAUCCACGAAGAGACAAACCCCCAGGCACGCAUGCGAAGACGACAACCUUUCAACGCUCUCUUCUCCCAGAAGAAGAAACAGCCUGAGACCCAGACAUCGUGAAAUGAACACUGAACCAGGUUUGGUUUAAGAAGCACGGCCUUCAAGUUACACUGUACACUUUAUAUAAAUUUUAUUUAAUCUAUUUAAUUGAGCGUUUGUCAGACUAAAU